AUGAGCUACCGAAACACCAAGGGAGGGGUGAUUGAGCAAGUGGACAAGGAGGCAACAGUGCUUCAAGCACUUCCUUAUAUGUUCAAUGCAGUCAUUGACCUAGGGAUAAUAAUGGACUAUGCUGAAGCACUCUGUCAGCUCACUCUGCCUGUCAUCCCACAGCGUGGUCAUUACCCAGAGUCCCUCUGUGCUUCCGCUGCUCAAUUUAAGCUGGAGUUAGCCAGCUUCGAAGGCCGUCGGGGCUUCAACUGCGCUCUUAAUCCAAUUGAAAUGUUAUGGUGUGUUGUUAUUGAUGUGGAGAAUGAGAGUCACUAUGACUUUGUGAAGCUGAUGGAGAUGCUGAUCCAUGUGAAUAUGGAGAACCUGCAAGAGCAGCACACUCACCACUAUGAACUGUACAGAUGCUGCAGACUGGAGGAGAUAGGCUUCAAAGACACCGACCCUGACACCCAGACACCAUUCAGUCUACAGGAGACCUAUGAGGCAAAUAGGAAAGAGUUCCUCAGUGAUCUGCAGCAUAAGGAAGAGGAAAUGAGGCAGAUGUUUGCUAACAAAGUGAAGGAGACUGAGAUGGAGCUGAAGGAGAAGGAGCGAGAGCUUCACAACAAGUUUGAGCAGCUGAAAUGCAUGCACCAGGAGGAGAAGAGGAAAGUGGAGGAGAAGAGGCGGGACCUGGAAGAGGAGAUGAACGCCUUCAACAGGAGGAAGGUGGCGGCUGAGACGAUGUGUCUUUCACAGCUGCUCAAGAAAGACAAGAAUAAUUAA